AUGGCUAAAAAGCCACCUGCGCCACCAGUUCCAGCACCGGAAGUUGUAACCCCAGCGGCUCCUCCUCCUGCACAAACGACACCAGUUACCGUGUCUGCGGAUACACCAGGGCGAACUCCAUCAGCAAGAACACCAGCAACAACAGCACCAGCAACAACAGCACCAGCAAUAACAACACCAGCAACAACAGCACCGGCAACAACAGCAUCAGCAGGAGAAACAGCUGCACCAAAAUCAGCAGCGGCACCAAAAUUAACAGCGGCACCACAAUCUCAGUAUGUGUCCCCGCAGGCCGACAUAGCAAUAAUGGCAAGUAUUCCGAUCGACGUAAUAUCGAUACCAGUUCGAGCAGAGAGAAAAACGGAGGAGACUGAUGAAAUGAAAUCGUCGGAGCCAGGAACGCAAAAAGGAACAGAUGAUCAGCAAACAUCACCCAAUCAGUAG